AUGCAGAAGGCAGCAGUUUUCUUCUUCCAGCUGCUGAUCUUGAGGCGGCUGCUGCGGGCGCAGGAGGAUCCUGUCGGUGCGGGCGUCAACUCGCCUCAGGACUGCAGUCUGGAGUGUAUCAGAGGGGGAGAAGCAGGAUGUGAAUACUGCAGAAUAUCCAGAGCUGACGUGGAGAGGGCUCGAGGUUUCCACUCCAUUGAGGCAUUCGGAACAUCCAAUAAUGGAAAGUUCGGUAAGCUUUGUUCCACCUUCAAUUCGUUCACCAACCCCACCCUCAUUCCCUUGGACUUUGCCCCCUACUUUGAGGAGGAAGUGGGAGCCAUCAGAGGUUGUAUUCCGUUGCCAUGUUUUGCGCUGCUGGGUGCAGAGAAUCCUGAGAUAUGCCAGCACUAUGUCCGCGCACCAAGGGAUGUGACAGUUGAGUUCGUCAACGACACAAACCCAAAAUACGACACCAUUGUUGUUUCAUGGAGGCCAAGUAACUUUGGAAUUGCCUUCCUGCGAGGUUUUCAAGUGUCCCUUCAGGCAUUGGGAGGGUCUCCUGUUUCUUGUCAACUCUUUCUUUUCCACAGCAACCUGUCCCUCCCUGCUUCCCGUGCUCAGACGGUGUACAGGUCGGACCCUUUCUCUAGUCUACCCCUGGGGGUCCAGUACAAAGCAACCGUCAUGGCUCUGCCGGUGCCUGAGAAGUGGGACGGGUUUUCUAACAGCCAGAUGUUCUCCACGCGCUCUUGUGCAGAGAAGAAUGGCUUUGAGCUGUGUAAGAAUGACUGGUACCCCAGGCAUAUUGAGGUCCAGCAGAAAGGUACGGAAAUCAUUGUGACCUUUAACCUGGCGCCACCAAACCUCGGCAUCAGAGGCUACUUCUCGCUGUGUUACGGGGAGGGCACCAAGAAGUACACGGACAUUAGACCUAAUUCCACCAAAAACAAAACUCACUACAGUUAUAACCUGAAUGGGCUGCAACAGGGAACCAAUUACACCUGUGAGAUCGCAGCUGAUGAAGUAGAUGCGGUGAGAAAAAUAUUCAUUGUCCAGGUUAUGCAAAAUCAACAAGCCAAGCCAUUUAACAGCAGUUCCCCCUUAGCACUGAUCCUUCCACUGGGCCUGGUCUUGGUGGCCAUAUUUGUAGUCCUACUGAUUCUCCUCACCAGACAGAGGCCCAAGUUGUGGAUGAAGAAGGUGGACAUAACGGCAGUCUAUUUGGACGUAAUUGAGGAGUGUCAAGACGAGAGCCCCCAGGAGGAAGUGGUGGCUCUGCCGAUAAGCGGGUUGAUUCCUCCUCGCCUUCUGAUUUGCUACAGCCGACGAGACGGGCCCGCCCACGUCAAAGCCAUCAUGCAGUUAGGGGCCUUCAUGCGUAAGCACAUGGGCACUCAGGUGUACUUGGAUCUGUGGGACUCUCUAAGCAUCGCAGAGGAAGGCGCCAUGACCUGGUACUGCCGUCAAAUACAGGAAAGUGACUUUGUUUUGGUGGUCUGUUCCCGGGGCCUAAGCUGUAGGCCUGAGCUGAUGCAGCCACACCUAGAGGAGGAUGGUGAAGAGGAAGAGGAGGAGUUGGGCUGUGACUCCAACACCCUGUGCUCUGUUGCAGCCGUCGCUCUUAUAUGUGAGCAGGUGGGCCGCGCCAAAGCCAGGGGGGAGGACCUGUCCAAAUACAUGGCAGCCAUAUUCGAAUAUUCUGAGGAGACGGACAUUCCUGCCGAGCUGGACCUGGUGUCUCACUACAGCAUAACCAGGGAUUUUCCUUUGCUUUUCUCCCACUUGCAUGGGCUGGCUCUGCACAGGCCUGGAGGAUAUUUGAAGAUAGAGCAUCUCUCUGAGGAGAGCUUCACAAAGUUACCAGCUGGUGCAGCUCUGCAGGUGGCUAUUUGUGAGGCUGGUAGGCUGCUGAGGGAGAAAGAGCAGCAGUCCGCAGCGGGAGGACAGUUAAAACAUUUCAAAACUGCCAUCCACAGUAACCCUGUCUGAUUCAGAGGAGCUUGGCGAUUCCUUUAACUUCUCAAGGCUGGACUAUUUCAGUGUUAUUUUCAUCAGGAUUUCUCUGGCAGGAGUGUCCUUGACAGUGCAGCCACGUUCCUUGAUUGGAGUGACCAGCGCACCAGCUCCUGAUCCUCCUGCGGGGUUGAAUUCAAAUUCUUCCUGACCUUUUACUUAACAUGUACAUAUGUGCUCUGGUGACUGAGCCAAUUGUGCUCUAACCCCCAACCAUCUGUGGAGAGUAUAGUCAA